GGAAGAUCCGUGUGUGGUUUAAAUAUUACUUUUUCGCUUGGGGUUCAAAAUAACACACUAUUAAUAUUUAAUCCUUCGAGUCAUAGUCAUCUCAACUUCUACAAGGAGUCAGUUUAUAUUGUCUUUGUUCUGGCUUUAAAACAAAGAAUAUCGACUGAAUGAUGGUAGAAAGAGUCAAUUACAAAAUGCCACGAAUUCAGCCAAGCGCUUGUAGCCUCCCUUCGCUGUAUAAGUACAUGAGGAGAAGGAAAAUCAUGUCCAAGACUGGGUAUUACUUAGAAAUUAAAAGCAACGGCGAUGUCUCUUGUACUAAAAACCCUUCAAGUAUCUACAGUGAGUUAUUAGUGUUAUCUGUUGGWCCAAACUUCGUGGCUAUCGUAGGAGAGGAAGCCAAGAGAUAUCUCGCAGUAGAUGAAAGAGGAAAGGUGUUUACCGCGUUAGAAGAAAGGAAGGAAUGCGUAUUCCGAGAGUUUCUAGGAAGAAAUUUUUUCACGCUCAUUCGCACGUGCUACUCUGACGCGCAUGGCCGAGGCUGGUACUUAUCAAUAAACCAUAUGGGAAAAGUACGAGCAGAGAAAGUUCCAUAUAGUGACGARCCGCAGCUUCAUUUCAUCAUCAAGGUUAUCYCUAAAGAAGAAAAAGCUCUUAUUACGAAAAAAGAUGAAGAUCAAGUGUGGAAACACCGCGACAGUUACAAGCGCUCUUCGAGYGGUUCAUCGGGCCACUCCAGAAACAGUAGUCCCGCAAGUACAUCCAGCAGGUCGGAAUAUGGUAGUCCUAUAGGCUUUUACGACCGGACGGAAUUUUUGAGUCCAGUAAGCUUUUCAGAAAGGUCUGCAUUUACGAGUCCAUUGAGUCCYUCUGGACGAUCUGCUUUUGUAAGGCCUCAAAGUUUGUCUGAUCGKUCGCAGUACGGCACCCCUCUAAGCUUUAUGGGUAAUGCAGAAUCCCCAGCUAGUCCGACCGAUCGGUCUAUCUAUGCAAGCCCGAUUAGUUUUUCUGGUAGAUCAACAUAUGGYAGUCCGGUUAGUUUUCACGGUCGGUAUGACUUCGGUUCUCCAGUUAGUUUCUCYGGUCAGUCAGAGUACGGCACWCCUCUUAGCUUUAUGCACGGCGAGACUGUUAUUCGAAGUGCAACUAACGAACGACGAAGCCGAUCUGACACUUCUAGCAGUCAAGCUUCUAACAGAUCGAGAUCUAGUAGUUCWGACAGAGACUCGGUCUCUUCUCUAGGAAAGACUACCUCAUGCUAGUUAGAAAUCUGAAAAUAAUUCCUUUUAAUCAAGAUAACAAAAAAACCUGCCGUACAAACUUUACCACAGUCAUGUAGAUAUAUAUCCGAUAAAUUUAGGUGCAUGGCACCACAUUUUAGCAUUUGAACAUUKACAACUCUAUCGAUUUAAUUAACCGCUGAAGUACGAAGUAUAAGGAGUGAAUAGCUCCAUCAACUGGAUAGAUAUUUUUCCAGCGGAUAAAAAAAUCCACUUGAACACUGUACCGGGAUUGUACAACCAUUCCUUUGGACGCCGUACCUGAUUGAAACUAUUUCCACUAGAUUAUAUGGCUGACUCAAAUCAUUAAAUAAGACUAGUUGUUACGCAAACCCAAGCAAGCCAAUUUUAAGGGCACAUUCGUAAGGCUGUUAAAGUUUAAAACACAGAGAAAACUUAGCCAAACAAGUUCAAAUGCUUGGUAUAUUAAACCAAAACGGAAGGAGUAUUUUUUUCAGUUCCUUCCUUGCGCUUGUAUUUCACUGGAAAAAAUCGCGCGCCAUAAAGGUUGUAAAUUUACAACCUUUAAAGCGCGCGAUUUUUUCCAGUGUUUGCGUCUGCGUUUACUCUCACUUUGGUAUUACGGUAGUAGGAAAAAAAAAACACAAAACGCAGAGUCGCAAUGURUCACAACAAUGAAUGCUUUCAAAGUGCCAGUAUUUCAAACGUCAUGUCAUAUUUCCGAUUGCAGGGUUUUUUUCCACGAGUGAAGGCUGCAUGCAAAGAAUGAUCAGUUAUAGGAUUUYCAGUGUUAUACUUAAAAGACCUCAAAGAUAGAAAAUGAAAUAUGAAAUACUGAAACUUGUGUAUUACGUUCUUGCGCUUGCUGCAUUAGUAUUUACAGGACAUUUAUUAUUUUGGCAAGGUUUGUGCUUCCGCUUAUCAUUGCGCUUGAGUUUGCGUCGCAGCAAAAGCGAUGCUUUCAAUUUUCAAAUUCAACUUUUUGUUAAUGUAGUUUAUUGUAAAAUCAAUGUAAUAUAGGUAGUACUUAACAUUGAAUCCAAUAAUAAAACUUAUUAUUUGCUCUU